CAACACGCGCCGCACCAUGAUCCAUCCCUCCACUCCAACGCGCGACCCCAACUUCCCGGCAUGGCUCGAUAUCCGGCCACUGCACCUCGCGAAUACAGCGGCAGCUGAGGGCGCGGAUGCGCACGCUCAGGCCGCUGCGAUCGGGCGCUACGGCAUCGCCGGCCGGGUGUGGGAGGCAAGUGGGCCGUUGAUGGCGUACCUCACUCCGCCGACACCCCCUGGCGCCGGUGAGAAGAGCGGAGCGGCGUUCGAUCCACCAUGUUCCCUGUUUGGCCCCGGGCCGCACCGUGUUCUCGAGCUCGGGUCUGGGCAGGCCCUUGCCUCGCUCCAUCUCGCGGCGCGACUCGGUCCCACCGACACUGUCGUUCUUACCGACCUCCCGAACGUCAUCCCGCUCUGCCAGGCGAGCAUCGACACAUGGGCCGCGUCGGGUGAGGGGUCAGCUCUGGCCGGGCGAGAGGGUGGGCCCGCACACGUAGUAGCCCGCCCCCUUGCUUGGGGUGAGCAUGCCGAGCUCGACGAGUUUAGGCCAUUCACCCACAUACUCAUGUGCGAUCUAGUGUACUUCCCUCACCUGUAUCCACCUCUGCUCAGGACGCUGCUGGAAGUCACAGAGCCACAAGGGGAGGUGAGCACGGACGUCUUCGGGCCAGAGGUCAUCUUUGCAUGGAAAUCUCGUUCGCUUGGCCUUGAAGAAUCCUUCUUCGACUCGUUCGCACGCUACUUCCGCAUGGAGCCCAUCACAGGCCCUCCGAUGGGCGACGUCAAGCUAUUCCUGUGCCGUCGGUGGCGGGUGACGGACGAGUGGACACUCCCUGAUAUUGGGCGGGUUAUGAAUGGCGCGCCGGGCGUCGUGGUGGGGCGAAGCUUUGGGCUCGCUGAGAGCCUCUUUGCCGAAAUGGAGUGGGACUAGACUCCCUCGCUGUCGUUGUAAGCCGACUAGAUCCUGCACUCUACUCGCCGACUCCUCGUCCCGCUCCUCGCCUAUUUACAAUGAGUACAUUAAGCCUAUAAGCCUACAAUGCUGGGUAAUAUCAUGGUUGGUCGUGGCAUCUAUAAGAAGUACUCUAUUGGCUGUUGUAUUAGCGCUGCCCCUACGUUGACCCACUUUUGCCUG